CUUUAAAGUAAAAUCCAAAUAGUUUACAUUUGAUAAUCCUACCAUUUAAAGGUGGGAUAUUUGGCUGGUGGAUUUAUUACAAUUACUUAUUGGCAGAAGUAACGAGGCUUUUGUGGGGAAUUAUGGGACUUUUACUAAAUGUACCAAGACCAUUCGAUUUGUCAACACAAGGAUCUAGCUAACCGGGCAUUGGCAACCAUGUGCCUGUGAAAAUUUUUAAACUUGCAAUGAAAUAUGAUAGAAGAUUAUUGAUCUAAGUUGAUAUGGGACAUUUUCACUUUUGACAUUUUUGUAAACUUUGGACUUAGUGGAAAUGGAGGCAGUUAUAACUGUUGUCUUUAAAACCCUGGAGGACUUUCUGGCUACGGAUGAUUUGUUUGUAGACUAUUUCAAUGCCUAUCUGUCAUUACCUACAUUCCCUGCCCCUCUUUGCUUCAACAAAGACACAGGGGGAUUUGAGGUGGUGACAGAUGCCAAGAAAGAGUUAGCCAAACAGAUCAAAGCUGCCAUCCGAUCUCAGAAAAGGACCCCCAAAAUCUACAAUGUCGUCAAACAGCACAGCUUCUCAAAUAUCCCCCUUAUCCCCAUUGAGGAACCAGACGAACCUGAAAACCUGGAGAUCAACACCAGCUUCACUGUUACCACCCUCAACAAAGAGCAGGGGAUACACUGGAUUAAGGAGGAGAGACUGCCAGCCUUUCUGGAGAGUGAGUUCUACAUGGAAUACAGACUUGGAAAGCUCAUCUCCCAGACCAAAGUCCAAGGGGACAAGGGGCAGUUUGUCCUUAUGUCAGUGGACUACAAGCCAAAGACCAAGAUCCGCAGGAAGAAAUCAGUGGAGGAGGUGCCACAAAUUGACCCAAAGGAAAAGAUGACAAAGGAUAUGUUUGUGUGUAUGGGGGACACACCAACAACAGAAGCAGAGGCUUGGUUCACUAGUGCUCAGAUUACACAAAACUCAGAUAUGACCUUCUCUACUCUGGCCAGACCCAAGAGCGCUGAGAUUGUGAGGAGGCCCAACAGUGCUAGACCAAUCAGUGCCUACAGUGCAUUGGAGGGCUAUCAUCGUUCAGAGAGUGGGGUGGGGACAUCUGUGAGGAGCUCUGUCUACAGUGGCCAUCAUUCCAAAACUUCCAUAGAUAAUCUAGAUGAUGUGUAUUCUAGUAAGCUGUUUGCUGUGGAUGGAAAACCUAUGAUACAUAAACCUUCAGAAUCAGUGUUUAGUGUAACAGAAGAUCAUUCUAAACAACAAAUAAGACCUUUUAGUUCUACUGUUUAUACAAGUCCCAAAAUUGAUCCCAUAGAAGUUGAUGAUGAAUCAGGUUUUGAAGCAACAGAUAGUGAUUCAACUUCUUCAAAAGACAGACAGGAUGAUUUCUUAGAUGAAGAACCCACAGUACCUCAACAAGAACCGUCUUCUUCUCCACCAGAAGAUGGCCAACAAAGCAUAGUGUUCAGAAACAUUGAUGACAUAGGAGCAGCUGUUGUAAGAGCAGUUCUAACCAAAUCUAUUGCUCAGCUCAGUGACAGAGAAGAAAAGGAAGUGAUGCAAGACCCAGAAGUAGCAAAGAGACUUCCUGCAACACCACACAAAAAUCUGACAGUGGACAUGCUGGAUAGAGUCACUCUUGAUGAAAAGGAGGAAGAGCCUGAAGAAGAAGAGGUGCAAGAGGAUGAAGAAGAACUAGAGAAGGAGAAGGAAGAAGAGAGUGAUAAUGAUUCACUGCUGGAUAGUGAGGAGGAUUAUGAGGAGGGUGACACAUUCUUCAGAAAACACAGACACAAGACCUACUCCCUCAACAACAGGAAGGGGAUAGAGCAGUUCAAGGUAUUCCUAGAGGGCACUGCUGGAGAGAAGAACUGGCGACUGUGGAUUGAUAUAGAUAGACUGGUGUGGAUGAACAAACAGGAUAAAAUAGAUCCUCAUGUCAAAUAUGUACAGACACAGCAGUUCCUGUCCUAUAUACGAGAGCAAUAUCAUAAGCAAGGUGCCCCAUAUGAACUUUCCUUUGAACAGAAGCAAGAACUAGGACUUGUUGAGCCAUCUUCAUGGACUUUGGAAAAGCUUGGCAAGAUACAAAACAAAAUAGCAGAGCCCCUUGUCUUAUACUGGGCUCCAAGAUUUUUAUUAAAACAAGUGCAGUACAAGAAACCAGAAGAAAACUACCUCUACCAGAACCUGAAGCAAGUGAAAGCUCAAGACACCAGUGUAAACCCUAGCCCUCACACUGCCACACUACUGCCCCUCCGACCAAAGUCAUGUAUGCCCCGGAUACAGCAGUCAGUCAACUUACAUCCCCCAGCAGUCAGACCCCCAGCACUGCCAGAAACAUCCCCUCCUGUUGGGAUGAAGAGGGUCUAUGCUCCUUCAGCCCUCCGUCCUCACUCCUCAAACUUCAAAACUAGACAGGAGGAAAGGAGGAAAAAGAUGUUGUCCUCGCAGUUCUCUGUAGAUAAGUCAACUAAACCUCGCAUCAGGAGUGCUCCAAGUUUGUCCCAUAGUCGCACCUCCUCUGGAGCCUCAGUGCAUCGUUCCUCUGCCAGACCCUCCUCCUCAGUGAAGACUCCAGUUGGAUCAGAGAAACUUGACUCAGAAGUGAGAUCUCGCCCCUCCUCAGCAGGGUCUGAUCGUGAGUCUGUGUCCAGCUCCAUCAGUUCAGUGUUCCCAGGAGGAAGAAGAAUGGAUGCUCUCCUGAAGGCUCUCUAUCAUGAACGACAGGCCGGAGGGUUCUUCCAGAAAUAUAUUGAGAGGAGUGGUAACAAAAUGUGGGUGAACUGUUUAAAUUUCUGGACUGAUGUUCAAGAGUACCACACACUCUUUUAUGCUGAAGUCAUAGAUCCAUACAUUGUACAGAAGAAAGCCAAGGUGAUCUACUCCCGGUACAUUGUGAUAGGAGGAGAUUGUAAUAUUGGCUGUAGCCAUGAGAUCAGAUGUAAGGUAUAUAGAACCCUGCAGCCACCCUUUGAGGACCUAUUUGAUGAGGCGGAGGAAUAUUCCCUGUCUGUUCUGUUUGUUGCCUGGAGUCAAAUGAUAAAUGUAGACAUGAAAACUUACGGAAAGGUUGAAUUAAUAGAAGUCAAGAAACAUUUGGAGACAAGGUCAAAAUAUGUCUUAAAUUUACAGAGAAAAGGACUUAUAAAGCAGCGAGUAUUGACUCCCGAAGAUCCUAUGGAAGGUUAUGAGGAUCCUGUGUAUGAUGAGACCCUUCUAGAGAAAAUUCCAGAGGAGUUCCGAGAUUUCACUUUGGAGAAAUUGGUGCACAAUAGGAUAGAAGUAGAAAACUUUAAGUUAUUUUUAGCAGAAAAUUAUGCUAGUAUGGAUUUAUUAUGCUGGAUGGAUAUAGAACACUUCAGGCGAAUGCCUCAAGUUGAUGAAAAGAAAAGAGAUGAGAAAGCAAAAGAAAUCAAAACCAAAUAUCUAAACAAGAAAUACUUCUUUGGACCUAACAGUCCUGCAGGAAAAGAAGGCCAAGAUAAGGUGAUGGCUGCUGGUGGUGGGUAUGGUAAACUUCUAGAGGACCGUCCACCCAAUGCUGUUAUCCUGGAGGCCCAGAAAUAUGUCAGGGAUAGGCUGGAGAAGAAGUGGCUCCCUCUAUUCCUGGCCACACCCGAGUUUGCAGAGCGUCAGAAACCCAAGGCUGGCAUGGAUGAUGUAGUGGAUGAUGUUUUGGUUCAGAAAAAGAAGAAAUCUCAGUCUGUGAUGAAGUUGUUGGACACGAAGUGGCAGUCAUCUGCAAAGGAUGUGAUUCUCUUCCGAAAAUGUCUGCUAAAUCCGGUAACAGCCUUACAGUUCCGUCGCUAUGUAUCAGUCAAGGACAUCUCCAACAAAGAAGACAAACUGGAGAACGAUGUUCUUUUCUGGCUGGAGGUCCAGCGCUUCAAGGAUCUAUAUCACGUUCACUGUGAUGAUGCAGUGAUCCUAGCGAAGGUGAAUUCCAUCAUCGGUUGUUUCAUUGAGUCGACCAUUCCACCAAGUCUUCAGAUUGAUAUCCCAGCAGACCUUGCUGAGCGUAUCGCAGAACGAAAAUAUGAAAGGAGUCCAUACAUUUUUAGGGAAGCUCAGCUGAUUGUCUUCCGAUACCUGUACCAACACUGGAACGAUUUCAUCAACUUUAGGAGUAAUCUUGCUGAUGAGAAAGUCUUACCCACCAUAGAAAGACGAAGGAGACAUGCUAAAAUCAAGGAAAGACAUCGACAGAAAGAAAUGGAGGAGAAAGCUCAGAAGUUAAUAAUUAUACAUGAUGCACACAAAAAAUGGUACACACCAUUUAGUCGUAAAUAUGAGGCAGAAAGGAGGGCAGCGGAGGGCCUACCUCCUCUUGGAGAUGAGGAUGAAGAUGACCCGUUUCACGACCCCUUUGCCAUGCAUCGGACUGAGGAAGAUGAAGAGGAGGGGGGACAUGGUGACACGAAGGACAAGAUUUCCUGGUCUUAUUCCAGUUAUAUGGCUGCCUUACACAAAGAGGACAUCCUCAAUAACACAGACGAAAGCACGUUUAGUUCCCUUAUGUCUGAUACAACAUCAGUCCAUGGCAGUGAGUCAGCUGAGAAGGAGUCUAAUGCUGUGACAGUACAAUCCUCCUCUACUGUUACAAAGAAAGAAAUGAAGACUGAACAAACUCAAACAGACAAAAGGAAACAUGGAAAAGUUGGAUUUGCAGAGGAGCCCUCUAAACCUGAAACUCCAAUUAAAGGUGCUCUAAAGAAAAAGGGAAAGGAGAGUCCAACAUUCAAGGGACCAGUGGGUUUCUCCAAAAUGAUGCCAUUAGAGGAAGAAGGAGAAGAGGAACCAAUCAAAUCUCAGCAAAAGCGGGUCAAGGUCAAAGCAGAAUCAUUAUUGUCUGUUAAAGAAUGAAUGAAAGGCUUAGAAUUUAGAACCUUGUGAACUACAACAAAAUGAUGAGUGAAUGUUGUCCAUUGGCAGGACAAUUUUACAGCCAUUUUAUUUCCAAUGGAAUGUAGUAAAAAACAGUCAUGUUUACUCUUGAUGAAAAUUACACCUUAGUUUGUAAAUCUACAAAUAAAUGAAAAUCUUACAGCUCCUAUGUACUUGUACAGUAGUUGCCUUAAAUGUAAACACUCAGUAGGAAUGCACAUCAAUAUGAAAGACAUGUCUGGGAGUAUAUUAAAUACAAUUGACUUUUUUAUUUUGAAUGUGUUAAUUUUGUCUCGCACAAAAAUUGUGUACAGUUUGACCUUUUUUUGAUCAUCUGAAUCAAUAGAAUAAGCCUUAUACAAAGAAUAUGAGGAGCAGUGGAUUAUUUUGUAUGAUAAAUACUUGUCAUAUCAGUAAUCAUUAUUAUUUAUUAUAUGGUUUAUUAUUUAUAUGAUACAUGACAUUAAUUUUAACAUGAAUUUUAUUGUGUAUUGUAUUACAAGUCAAACUUGUGGGGAUCAAAUAUUUUGAAUUAAUUAAUGAUGGCUGUGCUUAUGAUGAUCAAUAUUUGAAUGAUAAGCCAACCAUCAUAGAUUUUUACCUGUUUGUGCACAAAUUGUUUAUCACUUUAGAGCAUAAUAAUAAUCUAGGUGAUGUUUUGUCUUCGUCCAAGCCCAGUCUGUGAUAUCAAAAAUUUUUGUCUAUAUUUUUUGGUUUAAUUAUUAUAAAUUUUGCUAGUUUUGCAUUUGUUCAGGUAUCUCUAAUAAAAUAAUUGUAGAAGAAA